CAGACAGCGGCAGACGGAUAUUUCCCUGCAAAAAUUUUGGAAUUUUUUUUCUUUUAUAAAUAUACACACGUAAGUAGUUUGUCCGACGAACAUAUUUCCAUCCCGAAUGAGAAAAUCCUAGCUCCGCUGCCGAUUUGGGAUUUAUAAAUUUAAGUCUGAAAGGCUAUCUUUCAUUUUCUUUUCCAUUUAUUAAUCUAAGAUGUACUUGUUCGUCUUCACCGAUCAGUUCACUAAUUUUCAGGACCACGCGAUAUCUACUCCUGCAAUCAACGGGACAAUUCUUCCUGGCAUUACCCGGAAGAGUAUAAUUGACGUUGCUCGUAGCCAAGGAUUCCAGGUCGAGGAACGAUUAGUGACGGUGGAUGAACUGCUUGAUGCUGAUGAAGUUUUUUGCACGGGAACAGCUGUGGUUAUAUCCCCUGUUGGCAGCAUAACUUAUCUUGGUAAAAGGGUAACUUAUGAAAGCGGUGGAGUUGGCGUGGUGUCGCAGCAACUGUAUUCCUCACUUACCAACUUACAAAUGGGACUUGCUGAGGAUAAAUUGGAUUGGAUAGUUGCGCUGAAGUAGGCUUAAUGCUCUCGUCUAAAAUUGUGUAUAAUUAAGUCUUGAAAAUCUACACAUGACGGAAUAGAAAUUUGGAUUUCUUUAAUGUAAAUUUCAGUUUAGUUUCAUACCCUGUUACCUUAAUUAGGACAUAGUAAACAUUAAACCCAUUACCUCAUGAUAAGUUUAAUAUUUACACUCAUCCUAUGACUACUACGUAUCAAUUUGUUAGUCAUUGUACUCUUGUUUUUAUUAAUUU